AAACCUAAUUCUAUUAUCUCUUCUCAUCUCAAUCUCACAUCAGCUCAGCCUUCUCUCUUAAAAAAAAAAAAAUCAACCGUCUGAGAGCCUCCACCGCCCACCCUCUUCUUCACGUCGCUGCUGCUGCGAUUCACGCCGCUGCUGCCGUUCAAGCCGCCGCUGCUGCUGCCGUUCAAGCCGCCGCUGCUGCUGCCGUCGCCCUUGCUGCCGUCGUUGUCAGCCGCUGCUCCGUCUCAGUUACUAUACACUUGGCUUUUGCACUGCAGAUACAUAUUGUGGUUGAGAGAUAUGGAUAUUGAUAUCGAUCACUAUGAGGUUUUAGGGUUAGCUUCUGGUGAGGAGGGGGCUAAGCUUACAGAAAAUGAAAUAUCGAAAGCAUACAAGAAAAAGGCUUUGGAAUUGCAUCCUGAUAAGAGACGCGAUGACCCAGAUGCUCAUGCUAAUUUUCAAAAGCUUAAAUCCUCAUAUGAGAUUCUCAAGGAUGAGAAAGCUCGCAAAUUGUUUGAUGAUCUUCUUCGAGUUAAGCGCGAGAGAUAUGUACACUCGUUUCAAAGGGAUUCCAAGCGACAGAAGAUGGUUUCUGAUCUUGAAGCGAGAGAACGGGCAGCCUUUGCACCUGACCCUGUUGCUAAGGCUCGGGAGGAAGAGGACAUGAUUGCUAGGAAGCUUAAAGAAGAAAUAGAAAGGAUUCGUGCAAUGCAUGCAAAUAAAGGAGCACAUGCAACAUCAGCCUCAAAGAGAGAGGCGGUAGGAGUGGCAAGAGAGAGUGUGAAUAAUACUGAUAGGGAAAAGAUGCUUAAGGUUUCCUGGGAAAAGGGUGGUGAAGAUUAUAGUGCAGAAAGGUUAAAAGAAUUGUUUUCGAAGUUUGGUGAGGUUGAAGAUGUUGUAAUUAGCAGUUCCAAGAAAAAACGUUCAGCACUUGUUCAAAUGGCAACCAAAGAAGCAGCUGUGGCAGCUACAGGAAGCGUGUCUGGGGAUCUAAACAAUCCUCUUCUAGUUUUACCUGUUAAACCUGCCAUUGCAACAGAGUUUCCAAGUUUCCAACAGCAGUCGGAGUCUGCUCACGUGAACAACUUGGUUGGCACAGGUUAUAAGGCAUAUGAAGAUUCUAUCUUAGAGAAACUCCAAAAGGCUGCAGCAGCAAGAAGCCAAAAAUGAGAUACUGAAAUAUGUUGAACAAGGUCCAGUACUGUAAUCUGUCCUGGUUGAUAUGUAAAGGACAGAAUAUUCAAUUGUCUGCUUGAGAUCAUAUUAUCAAGAUAUAAAAUGAAGAAAAACUGAAAGAUAUGUUCAGCUGCCAUUGGAGUAGAUGUGUGAUAAUCUGAUUAAAGGAGAAUGUGCGAUAGCCGGGCCAUAGUCUCGAAUUUGAAUAAUUAAGACAGAAAAGAAAGAUGCCAUCCUUUUCUUUUCAGCUAAGGAAUUAUUAAAUUUCUGGACUUUAUAGAAGAAUAAACGUUCAUUUCUUUUUUCUCCACGGCCAACGGAUGAUGACGCAGCCCUAUGCACGUGAGUGGCCGAAUGUUCAUUGAAACCAAAAGCAAAGCAAGGAAUCACCUGCUUUAAGGGCUAUCCCCCUUUUCUUCAUUUUCCACAGAUCAGAGAAAAGAAAUUCCACUGCAAUCUAAACAAUAUCUUCCAGGUUAGUAGUAGGAUACCCACUGACGGGUGUAAGCUUGGAUGCUUGGAAAGUGGAAACCUAUAGCAGUACUCCACCUUCCUUUCAGAUCAAAGGUUUUCUUAUAUGUUAAGGCUUACAUUUGAUCUUUUAUUAUUUUCUUUUAGCUUUGUUUUUUGUUUUUCCUUUUUUGAGCUUGAUGCUCUUUAACUUUUGCCGUCUGCUCUUAAAGUGAAUGUAUUUUACAAUUAGAUUAAAAUAUUAUCUUAUUUUCUUA